AAAUGUUUCUUGUAGCAGGUUUGUUAUCAGAAAACUGGUGUAAAGCUUGCAUUUAAGAAACAGAUAAUGGAUGCAUUAGGCUUUCUCUUCAUCCACCAAAUUUAAGAACUCCAAUCUUGAAUGCCAAUAAAUGGCAGUGCAUAGAAAAACAAUAAUUCAAAGCAAAACCAAAGAAUUAAGCCAUUCCCUCAGGUGGAAACGCGUGUACUGCUUCCAGGGUGGAAAUUUUGGACUCAUUUGAAAUGUUUAAGGCCACAAAGUUUGACCAAUCUUUCAGGUCCAAGUUACGUUGCAGCAAGUCAGCAACAUUUUCUUAUAUUGGAACAAGACUGGGUAUACUUUUAUAAGACAUUUUGUUUUUUAUUUUUGGUUCAUUUAUUCAAUCAUGGAAAAAAUUUUAUUUUGAGCUAAAAGUCUCUAAUCUUGGUUGAAUGAAACAUGAGUCAGCAUCAUCGGAUUCAGACUACUUUUCCUCUUGACGGACUAGUUUUGAUGGCUUUUAUCUUAAAGUUGUUACAAAUAACUCAAAAUCCAGGCAACAAUGGAUAUUCUUCCCUUUUUUUUCAUUAGUUUUAAGUUACUGUUUCUCUUUUGUGAAUUCUCAGGUGCAGCUGAGACCAUUAGCUCAUCCCAAUAUCUAAGUGAUGGCAACACCUUGGUUUCAAAAAAUGGUACUUUCGAGCUUGGUUUCUUCAGUCCUGGCAGUUCCAAGAAUCGUUACUUGGGAAUUUGGUACAAGAAGAUCCCAGUUCAAACUGUUGUUUGGGUGGCAAACAGACUCAGCCCCAUUAAUGAUUCUUCAGGAUUGUUGAUGAUAAACAGCACAGGUAAUCUUGUCUUAACAAGCCAGAACAAGACGGUAGUGUGGUCGACAAACUUGACUAGUGAAGUCCAGAAUCCAGUGAUGGCAGAGCUUUUGGAUUCAGGAAAUUUUGUCCUGAGAGAUGAGCAAGUUGGUAAUUCAGAAACUUUCUUGUGGCAAAGCUUUGACUAUCCAUCUGAUACAUUGCUACCAGAAAUGAAGCUUGGAUGGGACUUUAAGAAUGGUCUUGAACGACGUUUAACAGCUUGGAAGAGCCCAGAUGACCCGUCUCCUGGAGACUUUAUUUGGAGACUAGAGCUACAAGGUUAUCCUGAGCCAAUUCUGUUGAAGGGCUCAGAAAAGGUUUAUAGGAGUGGCCCCUGGAAUGGUCUUGGAUUCAGUGGUGCAGAAGCAAUGAUGUCUAAUCCAGAUUUCAUAUUCAACAUGGUAUCUAAUGAGGAAGAGUUAUACUACUCAUUCAGCAUUACUGAUAAAUCACUAAUCACAAGGAUUGUUUUAAACCAAACCGGCUAUGUACGCCAACGAAUUGCUUGGAGUGAAGGAACUGAAAGUUGGAAUGUGUAUUCAUAUGUACCAAGAGAUUACUGUGACAAUUAUGGUACUUGUGGCCCCUAUGGGUACUGUAUCACCAGCAAGACACCAAUUUGCCAAUGUUUGAAAGGUUUUAAGCCUAAAUCAGGAGAAAAUUUGGACUGGCAAGGAUGUGUGCGCAACAAACCAUUAAACUACUCAAACAAAGAUGGUUUUGUCAAAUUUUCUGAGUUGAAGCUGCCAGAUGCUUCAGAGACUUGGGUGAACAAUAGUAUGAAUCUCAAAGAAUGCAGGGAGAAAUGCUUACAGAAUUCUUCUUGUAUGGCAUAUACUAACUCAGAUAUUAGAGGGGCAGGCAGUGGCUGCGCCAUGUGGUUUGGUGAUCUGAUUGAUAUCAGAAACAUACAAAAUGGUGGUCAGGACUUGUAUAUGCGAAUGUCUGCUUCAGAACUAGAGACAGAAGAUGAUCACAAGACAAAGAUACUGGUGAUAACCGCUAUUGUCGUUGCUGUCACUGCUGGAGUGCUCAUAGUGAGCUACUGCAUUCACAAAAAAUGCAUAUACAAAAGUAGAGCAAAUACAGAAGAAAACAGCCUGGAAAUGCAUCAGGAAAGAGAAGAGUUAGAGCUACCAAUGUUUGAUUUAGCUACAAUUGCGAAAGCCACCAAUAAAUUUUCAUUCUGCAACAAGCUUGGAGAAGGAGGCUUUGGAGUUGUAUACCAAGGAACGCUAGCAGAUGGACAAGAAAUAGCUGUGAAGAGGCUUUCAAAUAUUUCUGGGCAAGGAUUAAAUGAGUUAAAGAAUGAGGUUACACUAAUUGCAAAGCUACAGCACCGAAAUCUUGUAAAACUUUUUGGUUGCUGCAUUGAAGGAGAGGAGAAAUUGUUGAUUUAUGAACUAAUGCCCAACAAGAGCCUGGACUACUUCAUCUUUGAUCAAACAAGAAGUAAACUAUUAAACUGGUCAAAGCGUUUCAACAUUAUUUGUGGGAUUGCAAGGGGUCUUCUCUAUCUUCAUCAAGAUUCUAGACUGCGGAUUAUACAUAGAGAUCUUAAGACAAGUAAUGUUUUACUUGAUCAUGAGAUGAACCCGAAGAUUUCAGACUUUGGUUUGGCAAAAACAUUUUGUGGAAAUCAAACCGAAGCAAACACAAAAAGAGUGGUUGGAACAUACGGUUAUAUGGCACCAGAAUACGCUAGUGAAGGACUGUUCUCUGCUAAAUCUGAUGUAUUUAGCUUCGGCAUUUUAUUGUUGGAGAUCUUAAGUGGGGUGAGAAACAGAGGGUUCUAUCAUCCAGAGAAUGGUCUCAACCUCACAGGAUAUGCGUGGAAACUAUGGAACGAAAACAAGCCUUCGGAAUUGAUUGAUCCAGUGUUAGGUGAAUCGUGCAAUAUUUCAGAAGUGAUAAGAUGCAUCCACAUUAGUCUAUUAUGUGUUCAACAGUAUCCUGUGGACAGGCCAAACAUGUCAUCUGUUGUUUUGAUGCUUGGCAGUGAUAAUGUAUUGCCUCAGCCAAAACAACCUGGUUUCUUGAUGAGCAGGAAUAAACUUGAGCCGGGCCUUUCAUCUGGCGAUUCUGGAUUAACGUCAAAGAAUGAAAUCACUAUCUCACUUUUGGAGGCUCGAUAGUUUUCUAACUGUAUAUGUCCAAUUCCACAUUAUUUAUACUUUGUAUUACAAUAUCUACAGAGGUGGGUGUUUGUAUUUUCAGUCAUUAUCAGACAUCCCACCUGUGACACUCGUUCUAUAUCCAGAAUGAGAUAUUGGUGUGGGAAUAGAAAUAGAAGAUUGGAGGAAUGCAGUUCAUCCUCAAAAUGUAUUUGUUUUCAGAAAGUUCAAUGUACUUGUGCAGAUUAAUGGACUUUCUGGCACAUGAAUAUGACUAACAAUCUGCAAUUUAAAGUUCUCCUCUCUUUUUUAGCA